AUGCCCUUCCCCUUCCCCCCCAUCAGCCCCGAAGAAAGAGCAUCCCUCAAAGUCUCCCUCAAGGCCUACGAAGACUACCGCCUCCUCCUCUACCUCCGCCAAUGCAUCACCAAUGUCGAGAAGGCCAUUAGGGCCGAGGGCCCCAUGACCAUCGGCGUCAGAGAGUUCGCCACGCUGCGCCGCGUCCUCUCGCUCGCCUCGCAGGCCAAGUUCGACGACGACGGCCUGUACUACCGCGUCUCCGAGAUUGGCCGUGCGAUGAGCCACCUCAUGAAGCCAGACAUCUACGGCGCCGACAUCGCCUGGACGGCGAGUAAGCUGUGCGAGCGCUGGGGGAGGGGCGAGUUUGCGCCGGGCCCUGUGCCGUCGGACGAGGACUUUGAGUUCACGAGUGAUGAGGAGGAGGGGCGUGCGAGCGAUGAUUGGGACGAAGAUGAGGUGGCGGAUGACUGGGAGGCCGGCGGCCUCAUGAGGGGGAUCAAGGUGACGAGCUCCCGGACGGGGGGCAGGACGUAUAGUCUCGAUCCAGCGUUUCCGCGCCGCGAUGCUGCGGUGUUUGGACACAACGGGUUGGAGGUUGGAGACUGGUGGCCAUACCAGAUCUGCGCGCUCCGCGACGGCGCCCACGGCUCACGCAUGGGCGGCAUCCACGGCCGCAUCCAAGGCGGCGCCUACAGCGUCGUCAUCUCCGGCAACAUCGACUACGAGGACACCGACGCAGACCAGGGCGACACCGUCUUCUACUCCGGCUCGCGCGGGAACCGCAAAGACGAGGACAUGAGGGGCAGCGACGUGCCCCCCGUGCUCACGAACGCCACCAUGUCGCUCAUCAAAUCCGAGCAGACGGGGAAGCCCGUUCGGCUUUUCCGCAGCCAGAAGGACUCGCGCUGGGCCCCCUCGGUGGGCAUCAGGUACGACGGGCUGUAUCGGGUCAUCAGUCAUGUCACCUUGACCACCGACGAUGGCACCGGGUUCUAUAGGUUUACGCUGAGUAGGAUCACGGGUCAGCCGCCGAUUGAUAGGAACCGGCCCAGUCUGGCGGAGAGGAAGGAGUAUGUGAAGAUGACGCAUAACCGUUAG